GUACCCAGAACCUUAGUUUUAGUUGAAAGUUUGAGACGCCUUAGUGCAACUGUGGAAGGACCUUUGAUAAAAGCUACAACUUCAAUGAAAUUCUACACUGAGUGGUUGGCGUGGCGCGGCGCCAACUCACUUUUCGAGGCUCAAUCUCGUUUUCAACUCGAGGUUUUUGAAUCUCUGAUCUGGACUCUGUCUUGCACUUUGAAGUUCCAGGCCAGGCAAGCGGAAUUGCUGAAAGAUGAGUACAUAUGAAGAUUAUGCCGAUGUGUCAUCUUAUUAUGACAAUGGGAGACAAGCAGCUGGAGUGGAAAUGUUUUCUACAACAAUUCAAGGGUACUUGAAGAAACCAAUGCAAGAGAUACAUCUUUUAGAUGCUGGCUGUGGCACUGGCAACUAUUCUAAAGGGUUUUUAGACAAUGGCAUUGGCAAAGUUUCUGCUCUAGAUGCAUCUCAAGGUAUGUUAUCAAAGGCAAAGGAUAAGCUGACGCCAUACUCAAAAGAUUCAAGGGUUGGUGAUAUAAUUCAGGGACAGCUACCUCAAAUUGCAUUUAAUGAUGCCUGUUUUGAUGCUGUGACUUUUAUACAGGUUCUUCAACAUUUAGACAAACCUUACGAAGGGUUUACUGACACAAAAUCAUCGAUUCUAGAAGCAUUUAGGGUGCUAAAACCUGGUGGUGUGCUGUUGAUUAACACAAGCACCCAUGAUCAGUUACGUUAUGGAGAAUGGUACAGAAAUUUACUUCCUCAUUCAGUAGAGAAUCAGUGUGACAGGUUUAUUCCUGUGACAGAGCUACUUGCAUUCUUAAAAGAACAGGGCUUUGAAAAGGCAGCAGUUAUUGUUUGCCCUUGGGAGAGUAUCCUGACAGAUGAACAGUACUUUAACAUGGAUGGACCGUUUGAUGAAUCAUGGAGGAGAAUUAAUUCAGUUUGGAAGAUUGCAGAAAAUGGUGGAGAAUUAGCAACAGCACUGAAAACAUUGAAGGAAAAGAAAGAUUUUGGUAUAUUUGAUGACUGGUUUGAGCAAGUGGAGGAAAAACGGAAAAAUUUGGGACUGACAACAACUAUCUUUGUACAGAAGCCGCAAAGUGGCAAACAGUGAUGGAUAAGGGUUAAUUAUGUCAUGAAACAUUAGCUAUUAAUGCUGUAAUCUUUAUGCAUACAUCAAUUCAAACUUUUCUACUACAAACCUUUCCUCUACCUUAUAUUAUUUUAAUUAUCAUAACAUUCGUUAAAAUUUUGCAUCAAGAAAAAAUUUAAUUAACUUUGAUUUUAGAUUGCUUUAAUUUUUUUAUAAUAAAGUAUUUUCUUCUUAAUAUUUUUUUGAAUAUGAUUUUGAUGAUAGUAAUAAUAUCUUGUGACACUAAA